AUGUGUCGCUAUGAGGUUCUCUCUCACACCGGCGUGAGCAGCUGCGGCCAUAUCUACAUCAAGAGCAUUGAGAAAUGCGAUGAUGCUUGGAAGCGUCCUAACAAUGAGCCCUGCGAGGAUCCCAAGCAAAAUAGACUCCCUGAGAAAGGUAUCUGCGGUCGCUUGAAGGCUCUCUUCAAGCCGGGGUACAAGGCAUUGCCAGGAUUUUGCCCCCAGUGCCUGGCAGAUGGAGCUCCCAACAUCAUCGUUCCACGCUGGUCCAGUUUUCUUUACUAG